CAUCGGCUCGUCCGGAGCGGCCGGCGGGCCCUCGGCGCGGGGCGGCGGACGAGCGUGCCUCGUGGUUGCGUUGGGGCCCUGCGACCGGCCCGCGGUCGCGUUUCCCCGCUGAGCCUCGGCAGUGCAGGCCGGUGCGCCACCCGCCCGGCCCGGCCCCUCAGGUUGGCGUGUGCGCCCGCGACGGCCCCUGGACGCGGGUCCCGGCUCUCGGCGGCCGUCCGGACACUCCCGAGCGCCUUCGGCUCUCUCCGCGGCUGCUUCGGCCGCGCGGGGUUGCCCUUCGGCUGUUUCCGCCUUCCUCGCGCGGCGUUGUCCCGGCAACCGGAGCAGCGCGGCGGUGCAGGCAGGGUUUCAGCCCUGACCAAGUGUGUGCGCCACCAUGGCCCUCUAUUUCGACCACCAAAUUGACACCCUGGAAGCAGUUGGGUCCGCAUCGCACAUCAAUUGGCACCCAGUUCAGCCGUUCUUGGCAGUGGCCUUCAAGAGCUGUACUUCAGGAGGCAGCGUGGAUAUAUACCAGGAGCAGGGUCAGCGUGUGCCUGAUGUACGUAUCGAGAGCUCCUCCCGGGUUACCUUGCUCCGCUGGCACCCCGCGCGACUGCUCCUGGCUAUUGGCUGGGAGACGGGAGAAGUGACGGUCUUCAACCAGCAGGACAAGGAGCAGCACGUGGUGCCUGCGACACACACGUCCGACGUCACCGUCCUCAGCUGGAGCACCAGUGGCAGCUGCCUCGUGUCUGGAGACAAGCUCGGGGUUCUGCUGUUGUGGAGAUUGGAUCAGAGGGGUCGAGUCCAAGGUGCGCCCUUGCUGAAACACGAGUAUGGAAAACACCUCACUCAAUGUAUUUUCCGCUUGCCCCCUCCUGGCGAGGACCUGGUCCAGUUGGCCAAGGCGGCUGUGAGUGGUGACGAGAAAGCCCUGGACAUGUUUAACUGGAGGAAAAGCAGCUUUGGAAGUUUCCCGAAGAUGGGCUCCCAGGAGGGGCUGUCACUGUUUGUCAGUCUGACAGAUGGGACUGUGCACUACGUAGACAAGAAAGGCAAGACGGCGUGUGUGGCUUCCACAGACGGCUCCGUCCAGACGAUGUUCUACGUUGAGAAGAGGGAGUCGCUGGUCGUGGUCACAGAGAACCUGCUGCUGUCGCUGUACACGGUUGCGCCUGCCGGGGAAGCUGAGGAAGUGAUGAAGGUGAAGUUGAGCGGGAAGACAGGUCACCCAGCAGACAUCAUCCUGAUUGAUGACAGCCUCCUUGUGACAGCCCUAGGAGAGCCGGUCCUCAGGUUCUGGGAUUUAGGACGAGAAGAGAAUUACAUGCUGAGUCUGGAGGAGGCCUGUGGCUUUGAAAGGGGGGAGAACAUGAACUGUGUCUGUUACUGCGCCGCCAAAGGCCUCCUGGCAGCUGGCACUGACAGGGGGCGAGUGGCCAUGUGGAAGAAAGUGCCAGGCCCCCUGAGCAGCCUCUGGGUGGAAGGCAAAGACAGGUGGGCCCCUCAGUCGCCUGCUGAACUGGAGGGAAACAUCAUGCAAAUAGAGUGGGGCUCCAGGAAGAACCUUCUGGCGGUGAAUGUUGUCAGCUCGGUGGUGAUCCUUCAGGAGCAGGCCCUGUCAUCGCAUUUCCACCAGCAAGUGGCCGCUGUGCAGAUCUCGCCAAGCUCGCUGUACGUGUCCUUCCCAUCGGCGGGGACAGCACACAGCCUGCGCACAGACAUGCACAUCAGUGGUGUGUUUGCCACCAAGGAUGCUGUCGCCGUCUGGAACGGAAAGCAGGUGGUGAUCUUCGAGCCUUCGGGGGCCGUGCUGCGGAGUGCAGGUGCCUUCUUGUGCGAGUCCCCAGUGCUAGCAGUGCAUGAAGAAAGCGUUUACACAGUGGAGCCCAGUCGAGUCCAAGUUCGUACCUGGCAGGGCACGGUCAAGCAGCUGCUGCUCUUCUCGGAGAACGAGGGGAAUCCCUGCCUGCUGGACGUCUGCGGAAACUUCCUGGCUGUCGGAACAGACUUGGCUCACUUUAAAACCUUUGAUCUUUCCCGAAGAGAGGCAAAGGUGCACUGUAGCUGCAAGAACCUGGCUGAGCUGGUCCCGGGUGUCGGGGGCCUCACCUCGCUCCGCUGCAACGCCUCCGGGGGCAGGAUCAGCUUCCUCCUCAGCCCGACGGACAGCGUCCCCGAUUCCAGAAUCUGCUUCUACGACGUUGAGAUGGACACAGUGGCCAUUUUGGACUUCAAGGCUGCACAGAUGGGUCAGGGAGAGACACUGUCCUCCAGCAGACAGCAAAGUAACAGGAACCUCAUCUUUGUGAACGAGAGACUGAGGAACCAUGUGCCCGUGAACCAUUUCUGGGACCAGCGUGAGCCCAGGCUCUUCGUGUGCGAGGCCGUGCAGGUGACACCAGGCACCCAGACACAGCCAAUGGACAUGCCCCACACGGAGGACAGCACCGGCCCUAUGGCCGAGGUCAUGAUCCUGGCCUUCUUCAUUUCGGAGGAACACGGCUUCCUGCUUCACGACAGCUUCCCGCUGCCUCCCACCUGCCAGGCGCUUCUGGGGAUGGAAGUACCUCACUACUACUUCACGAGAAAGCCCGGAGAAGCUGACAGAGAAGACAAGGUGGGCUCGGCCACCCAGCUGGUGGUCACGAGACCCCUGCGGGACUUCAUGGGGCUGGAGGACUGCGACAAACCCACUCGUGAUGCCAUACUCAACUUCAGCUUCUCCAUCACAGUAGGAGACAUGGAUGAAGCCUUCCGGUCCAUCAAACUCAUCAAGAGUGAGGCCGUCUGGGAGAACAUGGCGCGCAUGUGCGUGAAGACACAGCGGCUAGAUGUGGCCAAAGUGUGCCUGGGGAACAUGGGCCAUGCCCGUGGGGCCCGCGCACUCCGGGAAGCCGAGCAGGAGCCAGAGCUGGAGGCCCGAGUGGCCAUGCUGGCCAUACAGCUAGGGAUGUUGGACGACGCUGAAGAGCUCUACCAGAAGUGCAGGCGCUACGACCUCCUCAACAAGUUCUACCAGGCCUCCGGCCAGUGGCAAAAGGCCAUAGAGGUUGCUGAGCGCCACGACCGUGUCCACCUGCGCACCACCUGCUACAACUAUGCCAAGCACCUGGAGGCCAGUGCUGACCGCAGUCUGGCCCUCAGUUACUACGAGAAGUCAGACACCCACCGGUUUGAGGUGCCCCGGAUGCUCUCCGAAGACUUGCAGGCCCUGGAGCUCUAUGUCAAUAAGAUGAAGGACAGGACUCUGUGGCGGUGGUGGGCCCAGUACCUGGAGAGCCAGGCAGAGAUGGACGCGGCGCUGCACUACUACGAGCUGGCGCAGGACUCCUUCUCCCUGGUGCGCAUCCACUGCUUCCAGGGCCACAUCCAGAAGGCCGCGGAGAUCGCCAACGAGACUGGGAACUGGGCUGCGUCCUAUCACCUGGCCCGCCAGUACGAGAGCCAGGAGGAGGUGCGGCAGGCAGUGCACUUCUACACGAGGGCCCAGGCCUUCAACAACGCCAUCCGCCUGUGCAAGGAGAAUGGCCUGGAUGACCAGCUUAUGAACUUGGCCUUGCUCAGUUCCCCGGAGGACAUGAUUGAAGCAGCCCGGUACUAUGAGGAGAAGGGCGAGCAAAUGGACAGGGCAGUCAUGCUGUACCACAAGGCAGGCCACUUCUCCAAGGCCCUGGAGCUGGCCUUCGCCACCCAGCAGUUCGCAGCCCUGCAGCUCAUAGCCGAGGACCUAGAUGAGAAGUCGGACCCUGCCCUCCUGGCCCGCUGCUCAGACUUCUUCAUGGAACACAGUCAGUACGAGAAGGCAGCAGAGCUGCUGCUGGCGGCCAAAAAGUACCAUGAGGCCCUGCAGUUGUGUCUGGACCAGAAUAUGACCAUCACUGAGGAGAUGGCCGAGAAGAUGACUGUGCCCAAGGACUCCAAGGACCUGUCUGAGGAGGCUCGGCGGGAACUGCUGGAGCAGGUGGCCAACUGCUGCAUGCGCCAGGGCAGCUACCACCUGGCCACCAAGAAAUACACACAGGCUGGCAACAAGCUGAAGGCCAUGAGAGCGCUGCUCAAGUCAGGCGACACGGACAGGAUCGUGUUCUUCGCGGGAGUCUCGAGACAGAAGGAGAUCUACGUCAUGGCCGCCAACUACCUGCAGUCCCUGGACUGGCGCAAGGAGCCGGAGAUCAUGAAGAACAUCAUCAGCUUCUACACCAAGGGAAGGGCCCUGGACCUCCUGGCCGGCUUCUACGACGCCUGCGCCCAGGUGGAGAUCGACGAGUACCAGAACUACGACAAAGCCCACGGGGCUCUGACUGAGGCCUACAAGUGCCUGUCCAAGGCCAGAGCCAAGAGCCCCCUGGACCAAGAGACCAAGCUGGCCCAGCUGCAGAGCAAGCUGACCCUGGUGAAGAGGUUCAUCCAGGCCCGCAGGACAUACACGGAAGACCCCAAGGAGGCCAUCAGGCAAUGCGAGCUGCUCCUGCAGGAGCCAGACCUGGACAGCACCAUCCGUGUUGGGGACGUCUACGGCUUCCUGGUGGAGCACUUCCUGCGGGUGGAGGACCAUCAGACGGCCUACAAGUACUUGGAGGAGAUGAGGAAGACACUGCGUGCAGCCAACAUGUCCUACUAUGUGGACCAGCAGACGGUGGACGCCGUGCACCAGGGCCUGGGCCUCCCCCUGGUGCGCAUCGUGCCGGAGCAGAUCCACAACAGCAUGGAGGAUCAGAAGGAGGUAGAUGAAGUGGCAGAGGAGGUAGAGGACGACCCCUGAUGGCCAGCAUUUUGGAACAUUCUAGUUGCUGGUAGUAACAGAGGCAGCCUUUUUUUAGAUGUCACCACAACCCUGCUGUUGCAGAGCUGUGGCCCCUGGGCAGGGGUGCCUGCCUCACGGCUUGCGUGGGAGGGGGUACUAUGGAUUAAAGUCAUCCCUGAGCGUGGCCCCCCGCGGGUGCUCAGGGCCCCAGGGUUUCAGGUUCAUCAAGAGAACUUGAGUCCUCCCACCCGUGUUUGUUCCCACUCGAGGCUGCUGUGCCGUCAUGCAC